GAAGAAGAAAAAGAAAAAAAAUGUCAAAAAACGAUAAUUAUAGAAAUCAUCAUCAUGUUGAUAAUCUUGUAACCAAUGUAAUCGAAGUGGUACGAAAUGUUCCAAAUAAUAAUCAUCAUAAUCAACAACAACAAUCGAUUAUGAUGAUGAAAUCUUCAUUGAACAAAAAUGAAACUUCAUCAUUAAAUAAUGGCCUAUUUGCCAAUAGUAAUAAUAAUAAUAAUAAUUAUAAUUAUAAUAGUACUUCAACAUCAGUGACAAUGGCACAAAGUUCAUCUAAUAAUAAUAAUAAUAAUAAUGAUAAUCAUCAUCGACAACAGCAGCAGCCACAGCAACAAACAAAAACAUCAUCAUCAACAUUGUGUGGAAAUACUAAUAUCGUAAAUAAUAAUAAUAAUGCAACAAGUAACAAUAAUAAAAAACAUAAUAUUGGAUUUCGUCUUCGGCGAUUAUUUUUUGGAUCAAAUCUACCGAAUGGACCAACAACAACAACAACAAUUUCAUCGAAAUCAAAAACUUUGAAAGAUUCAUCAAAUGAUGUGAAUGAAAAUAAGAGUUAUAUUCGACACAAUCCUUCAUUACAUUCGAAUUCAAGCGAAUCAUCAAACGAACAUCGUGCUUUGGAUUCACGACGCAAACGAAAUACAAUGACACCGAAAAAGAUUGAUAAUUGGCCCUUUCAUUCGAACAACAACAACAAUAAUACUAGUCAUUCGAUGAAACAACAAAAUUCAUAUGAAUGUCCAAUAUGUCUUUUAGAACAGCCAUUAUUUCAAUUUCCCGAGCUUAUAACAUGCCAACAUCGAGCUUGUUUUAAUUGUUUACGACAAUAUUUACGUAUAGAAAUCUAUGAAUCUCGAAUUAACAUUACUUGUUUACAAUGUCAAGAAUUGAUGCAUCCAAAUGACAUCAAAACACUUUUACAUAAUGAUCAUAAUGCCAUUGAAAAAUAUGAAUCAUUUAUGGUUCGACGAACAUUAAUAACCGAUCCUGAUGUAAGAUGGUGUCCGGCUCCUGAUUGUGACUAUUGUGUAAUAGCUACUGGUUGUGCCAGUUGUCCAAUGUUAAAAUGUGAAAGACCUGGUUGUGAAACAUUAUUCUGUUAUCAUUGUAAACAGGAAUGGCAUCCAAGUCAAACUUGUGAUCAGGCACGUGCUCAACGAGGUUUUAUCAAUAGCAAAUCAGUAUUUAUUAGUUCACCAAAUCCAAACAAAUCGAAUGUUACAUUUACAUCACGUGCUAAUGAUUUGUUUAGUCAAGCUCAUGCUUCCACAUCGAUGGAUUCGUUUGUGCCAAGAGAAGAUAUAAAACCUUGUCCAUGUUGUAAAGUAUUCAUUAUCAAGAUGAAUGAUGGAUCUUGUAAUCAUAUGACAUGUAGUGUUUGUGGUACUGAAUUCUGUUGGCUUUGUAUGCAGAAAAUAUCUGAUUUACAUUAUCUUUCACCAUCGGGUUGUACAUUUUGGGGUAAAAAACCAUGGAGCCGAAAAAAGAAAAUCAUGUGGCAACUUGGUAUGUUAGUUGGAGCACCAGUUGGUAUUGCAUUGAUUGCUGGUAUAGCCGUUCCGGCUAUCAUUAUCGGUAUACCUGUAUGGGUUGGUCGUAAAUUGUAUUCACGUUUUGAACGAAACCAUAUGAGUCGUCAUAAAAGCAAUUUGUUUGUAACCACUGGCGUUUUGGCUUCAAUUUUUGUUUCGCCAAUAUUGGCCGCUGUUGCCGUUGGAAUUGGUGUACCAUUAUUGUUAGCUUAUGUCUAUGGAGUGGUUCCAAUUUCUCUCUGCCGUUCAGGUGGUUGUGGUGUUUCUACAUCUUCGUCCGGAGUUCGUAUUGAACUUGAUGAAGAUGAAAUUCCAGCUCCAGAUGGUGUCAGCGUAGAUACAGCUCUUAGUGGUCGAGCAGUUACUAAUCCAAGUAUUGGUGACGUUUCAUUGGGAAUGUCAGCAAGUUUAAGUAUUGGUUCAAAUAGUCAUUUAGAUCGAGUUGUACUUGAUAUACAACCGGAUCGUGAAAGUUCAUCGAUUGCAGCCUGUGCUGGAAGUAUAACAAGCAAUUACAUUAAUAACAAUAAUGGAAACAAUAAUCAACAUGGAAAUAUACAUGGUGCACAAAUGAAAUUAGAAACAUUGACAGAUAUUAAUUCCAAUAACAAACGUUUCAGUUUAAGCAGUCAGAAUGCUGAUUCAUCUUCGGUAACAUUAAGUUUUGGUGAUCGAUCAGUCAAUACCAAUCCAUCAUUGAUCGAUGAUGCUAGUUUAAAAGCACAUGCAGGAUCACUUCUAGAAGCUUCUACUAAUGUUCUUUCCGUUUCAACAAAUAAUAACGGAACACAAUUAUCAUUAUCGCCAGUUGAAGUUCAUGUUAUAAACGAUUCUCUGGAAAAUGAUAAAAAACAAUCGAAUCUGACUACUAAAACAUCAUCAGUGGCUGUACCAGCUGAAACAGCAAUUCAAAAUGUACAGGUGCCAGUGAAUCUUAUUCUCAACAAAUUUGAAUCUCGUUCAAUGGAAUAUUUAUCUAACAAUUAUUGCAAUAUUUGCCAUAAAUCGCACAAACCAUGCUGUCCAAAUUUUCAACAUCCAAACAAAACAAUUCAACUUGAUGUAAAUACUAAUAAAAAAUUACCACAACAGAAACCUAUCACAUUUGUUGUUGGUCAUCAACGGAUUGAUGGUGAAGAUAAAGAAAAUUUAGCCAAACAAUCGAAAACCAUUGAAAUUGAUGAGGAAAAAUUUGAAAAAUCUGAUUCCGGAAAAAAUACUAAUGUAAAUUUUGUUGAUAAAAAUCCAAAUAAUCAAGUAAACAUUGAAAUUCAAUCGGACAAUAACAACGUAUCAUCAUCAUCAUCAUAUUCUCAUCAUUAUCAUUAUGGCCCAACAUUAACGAAAAAAGCAAUGAGCCAAAUAUUUUAUCCAACAAAUUUUAAUAAUAAUAACAACAACAACAAUAAUGAUGGAUAUAAUAAUUAUCACCAUCAUCGUCAUCAUCAUCAUCAUAAUGAUAAAAUUUCCAAAUCCAAUUUAUCACAUUCAUUAAGUUUUACAGCAUAUAAUAGCCCACCACUAUGAAUGUUGUGUGUGUGUGUGUGGGUGCAAACAUUGAAUUUUGUAUUGAUCGAAAAAAUCAAUCCAAAAAAAAGAAUUGAAACAACAACAAAACCAAAUUGUGAUAUCUUUUCAUUCUUUAAUUUCAUAUAAUGUCUGUCGGAUUUUACUUUUUUUUUGGGCCACACUUUUUUUUCUCCCAUUCACUUUUUCUUUCACCAUUUCUUAUUGGCGAUCUUUAUCUUUUUCUUUUCCUCAUUCAAUCGAUGUGAUCAGGGAUGUCAAAUUU